AUCAUACAUAAACUUCUAUAACAACUCAAAAUUUCUAGUUUUUGUGUAAUUAUCAUCAACUUCAUUUCCUAAGAAAAUGACAACGACCACAGAAAUGAGAGUGCACAUGUGCUGCCCUGGAUGUGAAAGCAAGAUCAAGAAAACACUAGAUAAAAUGAAAGGAGUGGACGGAGUUGAAAUAGACAUGGCAAUGCAAAAAGUGACAGUAAACGGAAUAGCAGACCAAAAGAAAGUAUUGAAAGCAGUAAGAAGAACAGGGAGAAGAGCAGAAUUAUGGCAAUUUCCAUACAACCCAGAGCUAAGGAGUUUCACUCAUCAAUACCCAACUCAAUGCCAAAGCAACGGGUCGAUUGGGUCAGGUUCAACAUCGGCAUGUGGUAGUACACAGGCUCAACCAGCCUCAUCUUACAACUACUUCAAGCAUGGUUAUGAUGGACAUGAAUACCAUGGCUAUAACCCUUCACUUUCUUCGUCGUUCGCGACUGGAAGAACCGGUGAUGCGUUUAGUGAUGAGAAUCCUAAUGGUUGUUUCAUAAUGUGAUACCAUGGAUAUUGACAAUUUGACAUAGUUCUAUAUGAUCGUAUACUAGCUACGUUCGUUUAUGUUGGUUACAUUUUUUUUUUCAUCUAGCUCUGUUUAGUAGAAAGUCGUUUUUCUUACACAAAUUUCACUUAUAACACCGUGUUUUUCUUUUUUUUUUGGAAAAUUUUGUCAAGAAUAAGUCAACGUUUUAAUUAACUUAAAAUAAGUUGACCUUCAAAAGUACAAGAUGAAGUCCGUGCAAUGCACGGUUUGUUUGAAUUUUUUAAAACAAAA